AAUAACUUCAACAUCAAAUGGCAGAAAAACCUCUGGUUGAGUGGAACACUGCUCUGCUUGACUGCUUUGAGGAUGCAAGCACCUGUUGCUAUGGUUUCUGGUGUGCGCCUUGCCUUGCUUGCUCCGUUUCAGGCAGGUUUGGCGAGUCCUACUGUCUGCCCUUAUGCGAUUUCUUCUGUCAAGGUGCGUUGAGUGCUUGUGGCAUACCUUGCUUUGUUCCUCCCAUAGCCAUGUCCACAAGGUCUGCCAUGCGCAACAGAUACGGGAUCAAGGUUCAGAUUUCCAUCAUCAUUUGCAUCUGGUUCUUCCAUACCAUGUUGGCAGCACGACUGCAAUCAAAGCACCAAAUCUUUAUUCACUCCCUUCACCCUCGGUUAUACAGAACACCUGGACGAACGGGAAAAGCAGAUCACGUUUGUGUAUCUGUGCCAGAGGUUUAAUUGUGAUGGAAGAAAAGAAACUUAAAGAGUGGAACACUGCACUCUUUGACUGCUUUGAGGAUGCCAGCACCUGUUGCUAUGGCUUCUGGUGUGGCCCUUGCCUUGCCUGUACAGUUUCAGGAAGAUUUGGAGAGGCCUAUUGUCUCCCUGUAUGUGACGUAAUGACUUCAGCAUCACAAUUUGUGGGGGUCCCUGUCUGCGUUCCUCCUGUUGCCGUCUCCAUGAGGGCUGCCAUGCGGAACAGAUAUGGCAUUAAGGGCUCGAUUGCUGGAGACAUUGUUGCAUCUUGUUGCUGUACGUGGUGUUCCUGGUGUCAGAUGCAUCGAGAAUUAAAGCAUCAAAGGAAAGCCCCAGUCGUCAUCAACAUGCAGCAGCAACAAGUUAUUCACAUGCAGCCUAACUUGCAGCCUAUGAUGAUGAUGCCCACAGUUCCGAUGGCGCCCAUGUAUAUGAGUCAACCACAGACUAUUAUGACUUCAAACUAACAUUAAAGUUUGAAUUUUUUCAAGAAAAACAUUAUUUAUUUUGAGUUCAAUAGAGACAUGAGAUCAUUAUCAAGAGCAUAGUUAGUCUAUAGCAGCACUUUAAUGAUGUGAACACAGAUCAUCCUCAGUAUGAACAAACUUUGUUCUUUGGUUUUUCCUGUUAAAGCAUUAAAAAAUAUUGUUAAAACUCAACCAAGUAUAAUGUACUU